UGACAUUUCACUUUACCGCUUCUCCGUUCCAAAGGGGGGCACUUCAAGUUUGGCCCUCGUCUGUUUCUCGUACAGAGUCAAGUUGUCCAGGGGAAACGCGAAACCGUUGUUUUCAAACCUCCCAUCUUUUUUUACUUCUCCCAUCGGGGACAGACGGCUGACGGCUGACGGUCUGCCGAUCCCGCGCUCCCUUUCCCCAUGACGUCGCGUCCGUCAACUACCGGCGGUUCCAGUACCGCGGACUCGGGACCGGACACCGGGACCCCCCUUAGUGCCGGUCCAGUCCAAACACCAACCUCUUUGACUAGCAGCACGGGAGCGACAACACCUCCCCGUGCCGUAGCCCCGACGAGCAUCCAGUAUUUGCUUAAUCCGGCAGCAGAUCAGACCUUGACACCGCUACAAGUCGACACCGAGAUUACAAACCCCGAUGAAGAUCAUGACUCGGCCUACGGCUCCGAUGCUGGCAGCGCUUACACGGCCUCCAUAGCAUCCUCCAUCUUCCACUACCAGUAUGAGAACGGGCGGCGAUACCACGCCUACCGCGAAGGACAGUACGUCCUUCCCAACGACGACCAAGAGCAAGAACGUCUCGACUUGCAGCACCAUAUCUGGCGUCUCCUCCUCGGAGGCCAGCUCUACACCGCGCCGCUCCCCACUCCAGAGGAUCCGGCGGCUUCUGGCAUGAGGAUCCUCGACCUCGGUACAGGGACCGGAAUCUGGGCCAUCGAGAUGGCAGACGAAUUUCCCACGGCUGACGUAUACGGUGUCGACCUCUCGCCCAUUCAGCCAGAAUGGGUUCCUACGAACUGCAAGUUCCACGUGGAUGACUACGAGGACGAGUGGACAUACCGCGAGGAGGAACAUUUCGACUACAUUCAUGGCCGCGCGCUUAGUGGAACAUCCUCUAACUGGGCAAGAUUUUACGACCGUGUAAUGGGUGGACUGAAUCCGGGUGGAUGGGUUGAAAUGCAAGAAUAUGAUGCAUGGAUUCUCAGCGAUGAUGACAGUUAUGAGAGAGCACCAUGGACAAAGGAAUGGGUCAACAAAUUGGACGAAGCAAGUAAGAUGUAUGGGAAGCAAAUCAACGUGGCAAGGCACCACAAGCAGUGGAUGAUCGAUGCCGGCUUUGAGGAUGUUCAGGAACUUGUCUACAGGAUACCCAUCGGCCCGUGGGCGAAAGACCCAGCAUUGAAGGAGCUUGGUCGCUGCGAACUCGUUCACAUGCAAAUGUCUGUCGACUCUCACACCCCGGCUUUGUUCACGAGAGUAUUGAACUACUCUCACGACCAGGCCCGAGUGCUGAUGGAGGGUGUCAAGCGAGAGUUCCGUAGCAAGGACUACAGACUCAUCACAAGCUAUCGGUUUGUCACCGGAAGAAAGCCGAUGGCAUAAUAGCGACUGGCUGACAUAAUGAUGUCCUCAAUAUCUUGCUUCUUACAGCAUUAAUGAGCCGGUUGAGGAGUUGGAGUGACUUUUGUGGCGAUGGCCAUCGGCUAGCGUAUUGUAGCCCAUCUAUCCACUGUUGAGCAAGAGAGCGUUUCUUGGAAUGAGCAUCGUAUUCUCAGAACAACAUGAAGACGCUUGUUCAAGUGCCCUUAAUCUUCGUCACGUUGAAGGGUCAGCAAAUCAAUGAGAUUAGUCAUGACUAGAAUCUGAGAAUCAGCUGUGGGUGUUUAACGUACUUACCUUUGAAGUAGUGCGUUGUUCAAAUUGACCAUUAUUGGCUGAUGCAA